AUGACUCACGUGCGAAGGCGGAGACUCCAUAUCGGAUUCACCGCCGGAGGAGGACCGUCCCGUACUCACUCCACGGACCGCUCUGCAGUUACUCUGUGAAAACAAGCGUACACUCACUACCAGCUAAACAUUGUUUCAGUUUUUACUCCUUCUUUACAAUGUGAAGAAAAUGGCCGGGACCAGGUGAGUGAACUUUAAACUUAAUUUCAUAGUUUGUCAAAGUGAAGUGGAGAGAGAGAGUUUGGGAGAUAAACCCGAGUUGUUGCCUCGCUAUCAGCUCGCGCCGACAGUAGUUGAGGGCGGCCAGCAGCAGACAGUGAACACGUUAGUCUGCUUUACUCAAGAUAGUUACAUGAUUGAAAGUUUCAAGUGUGUAUUUACGUUAAUACAGUCAAAAUGUUAAGUUAGGGUUUUGGGCCAAAAUGUAGCGGGUGAUUGAGAAAACAGAAAUUAGAGGAAAUAUGUCUAUGAAAGUUUGAUACAUAAUCUUCCAACACAAAGCGAGUAAAGUAGAUGUAACAUUGGAAACUAGAGAUGGUUGAAGAAGUUAAUGUUAAGUUUUACUUCAAUUAUCUUGUUUUUUUAUUGUUUGUUGUUUCUUUUGUGUUUUUUUUCCCUGAGAGAUAGACAGGCUGACUUUAUGUCUUGUGUAAAUGCAUAGUUUAUUCGUUUAUCUGUGAUGGCCAAUCUUAAGAUUAUCUACGGUCUACUUUCUGUCUGGACUAACUUGGCUCAGGUCCUUUGCUGUGGUGUAGAGGCCACUAACCUAAACGGAAAGCAAAUGUUUCAAAGUCCAUGUGUUGCUGCUGACUUUAUUGGUUGAUGGUGAGUGAUCUUUUUUAAGUUCAGCUUUACUGGUUUGAUCUCAGCAUGUUGUUUUGCUCAGCAUCUGCAUCAAGUCUGUAAAAACUUAGUCCUAACUUUCAUGGUUUCCCUGAGACAAAUGGUUUACUGAACUGCUCACAGUCUUAUUUAAAGCCACUCAGAUCUAGUCAGAAGAUAGGCUAUUUUGGUUCUCUUUAAGUUUUCCUUCAAUUGGUUGGCAUGCUGGCCUUGAAAUGCUUUCUAGAUGCUUACUAUGACCUCUUUAAGAAUAGACGAGGUAUUUUUUGUAUGUCCAGAGUUAAAGUUAGGAGAAACCAAGGGUGUCUUAACACUCUUCCUCCUUUCCAUGUUUGCACCUUCUGUUGAAUACUUUGCCAUGGAUUUUGUCUGACAAUCAUGCUGCCCAGUCAGCUGUACUUAGCGCAGCAGCCUGGGGCUAUUGGUUUUGUCACGCCAUGCCAACCUGACUUCCGGGGUACAGUACUUUCACCACCUGCCAGCUGGUGCUCAUCCGAUGACUGCCUGCGGUGUUGGUGUUGUGGUGCAGGCGUGCUAACCACUCUUUCCUUUUGCCCUGCAUUUUUAUCUGACCAGCAGUAUUCAUGAUGGACAGAGCGGGCAGGGUGGUGCAAUAGUUGUUGCUUCCUUCCAAAAUCUUUUCAACAACCAAAAAGCUCACAAUAUGAGGAACAGGAAUGAAACUGGGAUGUUUGAGCUUUUAACAGUUGUUAGAAACAAGCACAAACCAUACCAUGAUGAUUGAAGAUCCUGUUUUCUGUCAAGGAUAAAGCAGGAUGUCGCUUUCACAGAGGACUUGACCGUUGAGUAGAUGAAUACGUUUGCUUGUUGAGAGGAAUUAAUCAUUAACACCAUGCCUCAGAAAACUGCUCGCAAUGUCAUGGUAAUAACCUAUGACUUUAGGUGAUUUUAUUACCGAAAGCUUUCAAUCGAAUUUUCCAGUUUCCACCCCUCCUUUUCCUGCUUUCUCCACUGUAAUUCGAGUCACAUCCAUUUGAACCCAAACAGGCCUUUUUUAUCUGACUUUAAUUCUCUGUGGCCCGCCACAGUAACUCCAUAAUGAGGUUAAGGUGAUUUGCCCAAACACAUUUAUCUCUACCUGUUCAGCCAGCCUUCUCUAUCUCAAGCCUUCUCUUCAGCAGAGAUUAAAAACUGGGUUAAACUCCUGGCCCACACUGGAUUGAACUUGUCUUCAAAGUGCCGGUCAUCACUCUCUAGUAUUACAGGGGAUAACAACUUGUUGAACAAUGAUAUCCUCAGAUAGGCUGUAACGAUGAACAAGUCUUCGGCUUACGAAGAGUUGAACAUGAUUAUAUGAUGCUGGAGCAGAGUGCAUAGUAACCUCAAAGACAGGAAAGGACUUGGGCGAGGCAUGACAAGUGUUUGGGACUUGGCCAUAUCUAGAAGAACAGACUUGUCAGAAAUGGACUAAAGUAUUCAUGUGUGUGUUUAAGUUAGUGUAAAAUCACCUUGAUGCGAAGGCCUGUUAAUUUUGGUAAUUCAGAAUAAGCCAUUGAUAUGUAAGGCGGUCCCCUUACCCUGUAGGCCGCCAUCUUGCGGUGCCAUGUUUCUACCAUCGCACAAAAAGCACAAACUUAUAAAAAACAGUUUUUUGAAUCUGGUGAAUAGCUGUUCAAAAAUGUGAAAUUUGGAAGAGAGAGAAGAAAAGAGUGUUCGCUAUGGACAGAAAUAAUAUAAAGUGAUUGUUUUUCCUUUUAGUAACUCAACAAAUUGAGGAUCAAGCAUUUGAAGGAGCUUCUUGUCCUCAAAGGCUACCAUUAGUUUACUGAUGGUAGGGGUGAGCAUGGGGUGUAUCUCAGUGUGGAAUCUGACAGAUAUCACUAAAUAUCCCAAUUUCUUCACACUGAGUUAUCUCCCUCCUGUACAACCUCAAAAAGUCACUUGUUAUGAGGAAAUAUUAAUCUGUGCAUAUUUAGUUGAUCCACAGGCCUUGAUUGCAUCUCAGCUCAUAAUCCCAGUGCCCCCCUUUAGGCUCAGACAGACCCAGCUUUAACUUCUUCACCAGUCUGCUCUGCUUUUGAAAGCCUGGAGGGCCUGGUGUCUGCUCCUUGACUUCCUCCAGAGAACAAUCUGGAUGUUUCUUUCCUGUGUGGUUCCACUGACCCCCCACUCACCCUGUUACUCUGCCCUGAGAUUAGACCCUGGCCUCGUUUGUCAUGUCAGCAGGGGAGGAAUCAGGGGUAAUGCUGCGGUCCAGUCCAAAAUGAAUUUACAAAUUGGGCAAAUGGGUCAGACUGAAAAAUGUUAUUUUGGCAACACCACGAUGACUCACGCUGAAACUAUUCAUUUUUGAUAUGUCUGACCCGAAAUGAUCUGACAACAUAAACUUUGGACAAUGAAUUUGUAGAGUUAUUAAGCACAAUUACACCCUAAUAGGUUCAUUCAGUCCUCUUGUUUGGACAAGUGACCCCAUUGUUCAAUCUCUGACAGCUGGUGUACUGGACAGAAAGGCCGGUCUGUGAGUGGUAAACACCCUGAUCCUGCCUCAGCCCUCUUCUGCACAUGUUCACUCUCGUCUAAAGUCUUAUCUGACCUGAAAAACACCCAUGUGGUCUUCAACUAUGGAAAGGGGUGGAUUUAAGGGAGGACAGGGACUUCUGUUUGGUCAGGCUUACCCCUAUAAAAGGCAAUUUAUUGGCUGAGUAGUGUCUCAGACAGAUAGUGACUGUUGAGCAGGGUAGUAAGGGGGCCGGAAGUUCCCAGCCUGUCUACUGAAGGCUUCGGCAUUCGUGGGAGAGGAGAGGAUGGUGGGACGCGACAAUACUCUCCAUAGAGAAAUCACAGAGUGCCGCUUCUCUUGAGUUUGUUUGUAGGCGGAUUACAGCGACGGUAUCUGAAGUUACAUUCAAGACUGCCAACACAAAAAUGUUCUGCUGGAUUCGGUGGCGAGGUAGGCUUUUAUUAUCCGAGAGCUCAUGAAGAAUCAGUUUGUUGCCGUGAACAGGGAAUGGAUUCACUACUGCCAUGUAAAAUUGCUUGUUGGAAAGUAGCAUGGGAACAACAGGCCUUGCUGAAGGUGGCUGAAGGAUCUUGCGAUAUCCAGUCUAAUCCAACGCCAACGGAAAGGGGAAACUGUCUCUAGUUCUGGAUUAGGACAGCUGUUGAAGGAGGUCACCCCAGACCUCCUAUACAUGUCCCAGGCUCCUCCCUGCCACGUCUCUCAUUGGCUCGGCCCCCCUGUGUGGAGGCAACACAGAGGGUUCUCGUUGAAUGAGGUCUGCCUGUUGAUUUGACAAUAGCCUGUAUUGUGUGUGCCAUCAGAGGCAGCAGAAUAGGCUGAAUUUCACAAGCUUUGUAAUGCAUAUGGCUGUUAGUCAUCACAGGACAUUCUUGUCAACUAGGUAACCUUUUUUGUGUCCGCACAGAGAGCCCAGAGACUUAAAAUAGCAAGAAACUACCAGUCAGUGCAGAAUAAUUGAAUAGGCUCUGUUUUAAUAUGUGUGUCUUUCACUCAACAGAGUCCUUUAUGUUCUUGGGGGUAAGGAGCAGAGGUUGGAAUUUGCAGAAAGCUUCAAAAUAAAAGCCUUCUGCAUUUUUUGUCAUGGCCGUUUUUAAAUAGACCACACGGCUAACAGUGGGACUCAGUGGUUUAAGCCAUACUUAUAGCACAUUGAAACUGGACCAUCUGGUUCUUGCUGUGUUAUCAUGUGCAGUCACCCUUGUGACUCAGCACUGCCAAUCACGCUCUCCGCAGGGACUGUGACACAAAUAAAAGAGUUGAUUGAUGGUGCACUCACUCAUUAUUCUGUGAUCAAAACAAAUCUGUGAUGUUGUGGAGCUCUUUCAGGUGAAUAUUUGCAUUUGAUUUUCAUAAGAUUGGCAGAAAAAGCAGGAUUUGCUUUCAAGGUUGUGCAUCCAGAGACGGACCCUGAGCCUGCACUGUAACUCCAUUGUGUUUGUUUUAGGUCUUUAUUGGACAAAAAUGUCACAUCAGUAGCAACAGCUUGGUAGUGUCUUAUACACGUGUGUCUGUUGGAGCAGACUCAGCUGACUCCUGCUCUGUUCAUCUCUAUCCUCCGUCCUCCCCUUGUUCUCUCCGCCAGGUUGUCUGGUAUUGAAGUGCUACACCUCUCCUUGGGAACCCUCUUUGCUGGCUCCUGGGUUGACUCACAUGAGGCCAGCUCAAUCAUGCUUGACGUGUCUUUCUGUGAAAGACGACCCCCAUACUUGUUUGCCAAUGUCAGCACACGACGAGUGAGGAAUGGAUACCGACAACUGUUGCUGUGGGAUGGGGGCUAAAGGGGAAAAAAGGAGGAGGGGUGAAGUCGAGAGAAAAGGGAGAAUUCAGUCUGAGGCGGUGUGGUUUCAUCAGGAAAGGUGUGAAGCAAACAAAUGUCAAGUUUUUUAGACCAAACCCAAAAAUAAAAGAGAAAUCCACCUAACUUUACCUCUCUUAGUUUGAACUUAAUUUUACUUUUACAUACUCAUCAAACAACCACAGAGUUGUUGCUUGUCUGCUUUACUUUUCCACCCAUUGUAACAGGACAGAUAUACUGUAUUUUAAUGAGGCCACUGUGACAUGAUUGGCUGAUUGGACCAUCACUCAACAAGCCCGUAAGGUAGUGAGGAGAAGCAGUUAUUGAAAUUCCUGCAAAACUGGAUUAUUUUAAUCCUGUUUGUCAAAGUUUGGCAAAAGAUCAAUCUUAUUUACCCCCAAACUUUAGGGAAAAUGUAAUCAUUUCAGUUUUACAGUCCAUUUUUAUCAAUGUAGUCUUCACAACAGGUAGGAUUCAGAAACAUGUUAGUAGGACAUCUGUGUACGUGGUCAUCAAAGCCUAAUAAGGUAGCUCAGGUUCUGAAACAUGUAUUUUCUCCUCAAACCUUUUGCUUUAUCUGAUUCCUUUGGAGGCCAUAAUGAAGAUGUUAGGUCUAACCCUCGGCAGAGCAAGUCUUCUACAUAGGAAAUCGUUGUACUGAUAGAUAAAUCCAGCAAUGGAGAAAAAAAGGAUAAAUGAGACAAGCAGUGUGCAGCCCUGUGAAUCUUUUGUUCAGUGCACAUGCUGUUAAAGCCAGAGAACAAGAUAAGUAUACAGCAUCUUAUCCCCGGGCAUUAACUUUAUGAGGGUUUCCGUGGAGAUAAAUGCUGCCUCUCAGAGGUCCAUUACCAUGUAACUGACUUAACAGACUUAAUAAAAGUUUAUUUUUUGGUAAAUCUGAACACACACUCCAACACAAACAGGGGCUCAAUUGUGUCAUGAAUUUUGCCGACCUCUAACCUUGGUGACAGGGCAGGAACGGGAGGUGUGAAACAAAAGGGACAGGAAUGAGUGUACGACAGGUGCGGGGCUUUUCUCUGACAUCUGAAACAUGUGCAUUCUCCCUCUGAUUUUUCUGGACACACGGGGCGGAGUUUAUCUGAGAAACGAACCCACAUAUACGUCUCAUCCCAGAUUUGUUUUAAGCAGAAACUGUGGACUAAAUGGAAAGUUCCAGGGAACAACCAAUCAGGUUUGAAAAAACGGAGUUAGCAUUGUAAAAAAGACCAGAUUAACCCCUCUUAAACCUUGUAUAUCAUCUGUACUGAUCAUGUGAUUCUACACACACACACUUAAACAAAUAUGUUUAAAAAAAACUGUAUGGUGGACUUCAUGAUCUUAAGACACAGAGAUUUCGACUGCAGCUAGGGUCUCAAUAGUCCAUGCGAGUCCCUGUUCCUGUUUUACAAUAUUUAGAUAAGCAGGUUGCCUAGCAGCCACACUGAAUAGACUUUUAACAUUAAUACCUUAAUCAAACAGAAGCCUGCUCCUGGUGUAUCACUCCCUCUAUUAUAUUACCGCACAAGUCUCUGCUUGCUUUGUGAGUGUAAACCACAUGCAGUUUCUCAUUGUUACUACAUUUCAAUGGUUUUGUACCUGAGAAGCUUGGUGAGUGUGUUUCCCUUUCUCUCUACCGAGCAAUGACUUCUUUAAAAGCCAGGAUCUGAGGCUGGUAUUUGAGGUGUGAGGUGUUUUACAUCUCUAAAUAGGAAAUAGCCGAGCUGUAAAUAAACAGGCCAGUGUGGACCUUGGCACUUGUUGGUGGACUUGCUGAACAGAGCGCUAAGGUUUCCAGGAUGAAUGGUCGCGACUGUGUGAGGACCCAGCCAGCACAGGUCCACAAGGGACAGUCACAAAAAAACAGCUCAGAGUAUCUGUUGUGUGAAAAGGUGAGAAGUCACUUUACAAAAGCAAUGGGGGUGUAACUGGCUCAACGGUUUGUUGGUUAUCUCACUUCAACAAGUUCACGGGUAAGUGAAUGCAGUUAUACAGUGUUUAGUUCAGUAUAUCUGACGGGAUCCUAUCAGUCCAUCAGAAAUGCCACAAUGGCAGCCAAGCAUAAAGCUGCAUGUCAGCCAUUACCAGAUAAUCUGAUGAAAUAGUCCUGCCUCUGUUCGCUCCAAACUUUACUCUCAACAGAGGAAACAUCCUUUUUCUCUCUGUAUCCUUUAUCUUUCUUGACAACAUCAACAACCACACCAGUAUUCAAGUUUGUUUGAAAUGCAAAGCAGGACAAUGACACAAGGCUGCUCGUUGCCCUAUUUAUAGUGUAUGUAUUGUCCAGUCCUCCAUGUUUACCGCGCUGGGAAAAGUGCCAUUUACACUUUGGCGUUGGCUUCGAACAAUGGAGCAGAUUCCAUGAGCUAUAUUCUGUUGUUUCCCUCUCUCUGGGAAACAGCUCUCAGUUCCAGUUAUUUUGGGAGCUGGCUGUAAAAUUGCGGAUGAUGGAUGGAGUAUUUCUCCUUCAGGAGGAGACCUCUGGCACAUUGGGAAUGGAAGAAACAAGAUGGUGAAGAAGGUGUGCUCUUGUGCACGUCUGUACGAAUGGCCAUGUGUCAGUGAGUGCCUCUUGGUCUCAGAAGCAGGCUCUGUUUGCAGAGAUUUUUUUUAAAAGUUGACAAGCUAUAUUUUUAGUCACUGUGGAGUAAGCAUAGGGUACUGAAGCGUCUCCUUGACCCACAUGGGCAACAAAAGCUCUUGUGUAUAGAAAAAAACAGGGUUGAGUCUCUCACAGACGUCGUAUUUCAUAUAAGUUGUUAAAGUUUUUGACCUUCCUUUGAGAUAUAGAAUUAUGUAAUACCACUUGGUGAAUGAUAAAGCCACUUAAACAGAGAGUUAGCCCUAUAAACAAGGGUUACUCAGAAUAAAGCCUCAUUUUUUUAACAGAAUUUGUGAAAUCACAACACUCCUCCUCUGUCUCUCUGUGUUUUCACAUGUUUACUGAAAGCUCCCAGGACUGGUUUGAAACCACACAAACUCCUAACACAAGUCUCCGCUCACACAACUCGGCUUUGAUUAGAUUUGAGUUCCCCCAGGGGUGAAUCAGGUGCUGUGCCCUUGAGUCACAGGACCAUGUGUGUAAGUUAAUUUUAGUUCAAUAUAAAAUAUUUCUGUUGGAGUUAAACUUUGCUGUGCCGCUGCCGACUGCAUUCCAAACCAUUUAUGAACAUUUGCAGCGUGAGGCAGACUGCCCGGGCUGUUUGGAGUCAUGCGCCGGCUUCUUAAAUCAGGGAACUGCCUGAAGCUAAGUGGUUUGAGGUUCACCUCCAUGGUGUUAUAAGCAGCAGGUAAUCUCUUUGCAGAUAUGUACAGCACAAGCAAUGGUUAGUAAGAAUCAGCAUGUUGUUUUUAAACACCGAAAAUCACAGUCAUAUUUAUUUAGAAGUAGAGAGAUGAUAUGAGUGAGGAUGACAAUCAAAUGUUAAAUAAAUGUGUGAUAUGCUGCGUUCGAGUAGCCUUGGAAGUCAGAUGUUGGAGCUGGGAAUGACGUCACACCGAGUUACCAGCGUCAGAAAAGAGCAAAAUUGGAGGCGGAAACAAGAUGGCUACAUCUAUGAAAGUUAUUUGAGCGUUUGCAUUGUCCUUGCUUGUAUUCUGACAAGGCAAGCGCUAAAAUAACUUGGCAGAUGUAGCCAUAUUGUUUCCGCCUCUGAUUUUACUUUCGUCCAACUUGGUAACUGAAACGCUGGUAACUCGAGUGUGACGUCAUUCCCAGCUCGGACUGCUGACUUCCGAGACAACUCGAACGCAGCAAUAGUCCCUGUAGAAGACAAGUCCCUGUGUGGUCGACAAACCCAUGUAGUACAAUCCUCACAAUUUGUCUGGCUACUCCCAAAAGUGAUGUUCCAGGAAUUUCAGAACCUGAACACCGGCCGGUCUUCCUGCUUAUCUGGUCAUGUCAACAGAGCCCAGCAGGCUUGCUCUCAAGUCUAACUGCUGUUUAUUUACCCAGAGGGAACAGUCCUUAUGCAACCACUACACCCCGUGCUGGUUAACUCGCCUGCCCAGACCUCUACAGUUGACCCUCCAACCCAAGUUUCUCAUUUGAUGUUGAGUAUCCAGUCCUGUUAGAUUUACUCUGUGCAGCUUUCAGCAGAAAUAUCACGAGCUGCUAGACACACAGCCUCUCUCCGUGUUCAUAAGGGACUGAUUUAUUUGUCUUCAGACACAAACAGUCCAAACAGGGUGAUGACAAACACAGAGCUUAAUAACAAGGAAUGCAGCAUGGAGGGAUCAGUUUCUUGGUGUGGGAAGGACUCUUUUGAGCAGUUAAAGGAUGAAGGCUCUGGUAUGUGUGGGGUGGUGUUGACUGUUUGGCCCCAGCUUUGAAUGCCCCAUUAUUUGCAAGGCUGCCCGCCCAUGAAGUGUUGCCGAUCUAAUUAGCCUGAAAGUCAUCAUCUGAUAGUCGGGACCUCCCUUUGUAAGAAGUCAGACUGCCGCACUACUCUGCAGCUCUGAAUCAAACCCCUCCAGACGUGCCCAACACAAACCAUUUUGACUUUUAUUUACACCAUGUUCCUUCAUUUUCUUUUGAAUCUAAGUGGGUUUUAAAAAAACUCUGAAAAACACCUACAUGUUGAGUCCUCUGUGGUUGGGGCUCGUUGCCUGUUCUUAGGGAUUUAACCAGAUGGCUUCCCAGCAUUGAGCACUGGGACACAAUAUGGAGAAGGUCCUUAUAUCCUAUCCACGACUUUUCAGUGUUAUGGGGCUGUUAAAUUGACCUAUGGGGAGUUUGAAGCUUGUGCCGGCAGCACAUAAAAACAGGUUGGUACUUUAUUUUUGAUUAACAGGUACAUGAAACGCUCCGAGGCUUUGCAGUUAAAAAGGAGAACAGCUGUUGAAAUAAACAGGCUGACAUUGUAACCCUGGCAGACCUGACUGGUACCAAACUGCUCUGUGUCUAUUUCUGAGGCUGGGGGUGCACACAGGGUUGACUUGGCAGGCACGUGGGUUAGUAUCCUAUCCAUGCUGAUCAUCACAGGUAGCCUGGACAGCACACACAUACCACAAAUAACCGUGACAGAGAGAAGAGAGUGUUUUUUUUUGUCUUUAAAAAGCUGGGGAGAGAUCCAAUCCUACGGUGGAUUUUGUUACUGAAAAUCCUCCCUAUUGGCACAUUACUCUCAAAGCUACUAGGCCAGACUUUGGUGGGAUUUUUAAAGAGGAAAAAUGACCUGGCCUUGCCAGGACCCUGAAGUGGUCAUUCGGAGAGACUAUAAAGGAGACUUGUGAAUCCUUCCUCUGGCUCUGCUGUAGAGCUCUCCUGUGUUUGAGACUGAGGAAAAGACUCUUGCUCGCCUUUUGCGGUGUUUCUGUUCCCACAUGGAUUUGCUGGCACAGUUUAGACUUGUGUUGGGGAACUAGAUCAAAGGAGACAUAAAAGCGCCCGCUAAAGGGGAGCACGACCUGCAUACAUAACACCAGCAGAGCAGGCUGCAGUUACUGCUUAUUUGUCAAAAGUUUAUUGUCCCUGAACUUUAAUGUGCAGCUACAGCACAUAGUCAGUCAUGUCAUGAGGUGUGACACUCAGGAAUAUAGUGUCCUAUCAUUUUUCUCGGAUCCAGUUCAUGCUCUAAUAACAUGUAAUUAGCGUCCUCUCUUAUCUGUGCCUUAGGUGAGUGUACUUUUCUAUAAACUGGGUUGUCUUGUUCUCUGUAUCUCUUCCUGCCUCAGUCUCUUUUUGCACCGCCCCUCUCCACUGUCCUUUUUUGUUCUCUCAGUGUAUUGUGCUGACCUGGCUGUUGCCACUCUGUGAUUGUAGUUAAGCUCGCUGGUUUUUGCGACAGUAGCACUCUGAGCGUAUGGCUCUCUUUUGGCCCAGCUGACUCCAUGCCUGGUUCCUCACUGAGAGUGUCCACCUGUCUCCUUAUUCAGGAAACACACACACACACACAUACACACCAUCACUCUUUCUGCUCUGUUGCCUACCAUUGAGAUGAUAUCAUCAGUUACACACACACACAGAUACAGAUGGAUACAUGUAGGGGACACAAACAUUGACACUGUCCCCAUAUGGGCAUUUCUGGGCUCCUCAGUCUGUCAAACAGUGUGAGUUGUUUACUGCGUGCCGAGUUGAUUAGUACUCAGGCGUGACUGCAGCCUCCAGUGCUUCAUCAUGUUCUCUUUUAAAAUAAGCUGUUUCCUUUUUCCACUAAAACUUUUUCUUCUUUCCUCUUAUCCAGCUCUGAUUGGGUGGAGAUCCUGGAGCCUCGCUCCCGUGAGCGUAUGUAUGUGAACUUGACCACUGGCGAGUGCGGCUGGGAUCCUCCCCAAGGUGUUCCUGUUCGCCAAGCAGAUGGUAACCAGUGGUGGGAGCUGUUUGACCCCCACAGUGGCCGCUUCUACUACUACAACUCAACCGGGCGGCGCACAGUCUGGCAUCGACCCCAGGGAGCAGAUAUCGUUCCCCUGUCUCAGCUCCAAGCCAUGAGGCGAUGCAGUGAGGCCAAGCGGGCUGCAGGGGCCGUGGACAGGCAUCACCACGGAACGACGGGGAGUAUCAGCAGUGUAGGAAGCCAGGGGCCUGAGCAGGACGGAGACAGCCCUGUCCCCAGACCUGUGGAGACCAAUGAAGAGGCUGCUAAUGCCAAGCUGGACCCCGCAGUAGACAGCAGAAUGCAAGGAGAUGGGAGCAGCAGUGAAUACAGCUCAGAGGGCAGCAAAGACCCACAGAGGUAAGCAUGACUAAACCCCCCGGUAGCUUCUACAGUAAGUCUGGAAAAGGAUUUAUGCUUAAUCAUUAGUGGAUCAUAUUACCAGGAGAAAAGUGAGGAAAUGUGAUAGCAAUCGCAGCAUGCGGCACCGUGAGGCGUAAUGGCUUUCAAAUGCUCCAGCUAUGAGAAUUAUUUUGACUUUUGACCACUGAGACCGAGCUCAAACUGUUUUUUUAUUUUUCUUCUGACUUAUCUGAACAUUCCAUAUGGUCUCUGUUUCCAUACUUUCGCCUGCGAACCGUGCUCAGCCAUUUCAGCAAAUCGCUACCAAAUGGGAGAACGGUCAGUACUACUCCAGAACAGGACACCCCCCCCCCCCCCCCCAUGCUAGGGUUAGCGGUGCAGAACGGCCUUUAACAGUAAGUCAUUCAGAGACCCCAUCACAUGCUCUGCAUUGCGGCCUCAUCCAAACCACCAUCUCUUUCCUCAAAGCUAGAUUCCAAACAUGCCACGUCUGUUUCCCCUGGCACACGGCCACUAAGGCCGUCUUAGUGUCCUUGUGUGUGCACACCACCACCUCCUCUACCAGCCCGCUCUAAUGUUCAUUACAUUUUCCUAAAACAAAUCUAGGCUCCAGGCCAUCAAAGACUGUAAUGCCCCUUAUGGGUGCGAGCUUAAAUGUGCAUGCAUGAGAGGCAUGUGAGAGUGUUGUCUGUGGUUAAUAACAAGCAGAACCGCGACAUUCCAGCUGCCUAUAAACAAGGCAGACCCUGCUGGUUUUCAGAGGCUCUGCUGCGGCCACUUUGGCUCUCGAGUUCCUCCUGGCGCCCUUCUUGUACCUUAGUUUAGGCGUUAGGAGGUCUCCCCUCUGACCCCCGGUUCCUUUGGGAUUACGAAAAUGGAAGGGAAACCAAUUGGUCCGUCAUGGCUGGAGGUCUUGUUGUGUUACCUCUGGUGUCUGCGGAGAGUGUUAAAACUCCCCACAGGGUCCCACUUUGCCCCAGUGAGUCAACCUUUCCCAGAACCUUAGCUGUCCCACUCUAAAACAAUGGCCAGCUGUGUUCCUCAGAGGAAGCACAGGACUCUGGUCCACGGAGGCUUGAUACCCUACUUAGCCAUAUGGCUCCUCACAUGCUCAUCAGCUUUCAUCUCUCAGCAGGUAAUAAGAAACCAGCUCAAAAUGCGGAGAGGGGGUGGGAUGUGACAGCUCAAAAUGUAUAAAAACAAACUCGGAGUCAUGCUUGUCUUCAGUCUCGGGCUUGGCUCAUUGAUGAUGACAAGGAUCAAUAAGUAGGAGCAAGGGAGAGAGUUCAAAUCAAGAGUCAGAGGGGUCAUAUUGUUGGGGGGUUAGCUAGCAGAGGAGAGUUUAGGGUUUUCAUGAGGUCCUCUUCCUCUUUUUUUUGAUGUGCUACUCCUGGUCUGAACUUAUUUUUAGCUCAUCACAGUUAUGGGGUAUUUCGUAGUUUAGAGUUCCUCAAAGUUUUGCCUGAACUUCUCUGUCUAUUUCAGAAAUGUCUUGGCAGGUUUUUUGUUCCCAUUUCUCUCAGCGGAGAUGAAAUGUUAUUAAUUUAUGACCUUUUGGAAAACACUGCUGGCCUUUGUGGAGAUGGGCCAAUCCCAGUUCAUCCAACAUCAGUUUCCUUUUGUUUCUCUCUAUUAAUAAAUCUGUUCAUAAGAGAUAGAAGAGUUUCCACACAACACGCCCUGUGUGUGUUAGUCUGAGGACUGGUUAUUAGAUACCACUUCCUUUCUCCAUGUGUCUCGCCCAUAUCUUUGUAUUUGUCUGUGUUCGGGCUUAUAAAAAAAAAAAAAAAGCAUGUGACUAAGUUUUCAUGUCAACCUCGGUGCCAAAUCUGUUACUCAUUGACAAAGUUUUAUCACAUGUCCUGGGAAUUUCAGGGUACUUUGAGGCUGUGGAGCUCGUCAGGGAAGUACCGUGAUCUCCAGGGGUAAACAUGUCAGUCACAUAGAAAAGCAAAGCUAACUGAUCUCUUUCCCUGAUGCAGGACCUAAGGUGUAACACAUCAACUAGCUUGUAACACCUGCAUCGAGUUUUACUCACCUUUCAAUACGUGUGCCUGUGUUAUUGCCAUCAGGCAGAUAACAUCUGCUCUGUGUUUCACCUUGGAAGGUGUAUGAUCUGUGUGUGUGCCCGUCUCCUCUGUGUGUGGGCUCCUCUCCUCUGGCCUUUCAAGUUACAGGUGACCUGCUGAGUUUGAGUGGAUGUUUAAAGUCUGCUGAGAACGCAUGACAGCAUGGUGUAAGAAAACCCAGAGGUGACCUGAGGUGGUUCACAUCAGGGUCACAGCACUGCUUUUGUCUCAUGGGUUGGCCUGGGGCAUAUAAUGGACCACUAAAAGGAACAAAGAAUCUCACUUAAAACCCUGUUGUCCCACAGGGUCAAAUGAGAGCUUUCUCUGAGCAGGAAGUCUAGGUAUGCUGAAUAGAGGAGAACACCAAAUGGCUUGUACACUCCCUCUCAUUUAGCCCUGUAAUGAUAUAGUGGAGAAACAGUUUUCAUUUAAGGCAGUCGUGCUGACAUCGGACCCUUAAACUCGCCUUUCCUGAUUGUUGGGUGGCUUUGGAUUUCUUCACAAAACCUUAGAAAUUCUUAACAGAGUUGUGUGCAUCGAUACCCUAUCUGACUGAAUCCUGUCUGCCUUGUUUCUCUGUUUAUUUGUGUGUAGUUGUACCUGUAUGAAAGCAAAAGUCUCAUUUUAAGUAGAGAAAUGUACUUUUUAAUUUCUUUAGUCUGGUUAUUCAAGAGAUUCUGAACCACAGUAGUGGAAAACCCCCUAAAGUUGUCUUAUGACACAACCAGCUACAACAAAAGAGACUUUUUCCUCUUUCACUUUCUGUUUUGUGGAAUUUUUUAAACAAACCCAGUCAAAAAACCAGAGCACCCAAAUCUCCAAAACAAAACUAGUUCCCCUCUCACGUGCUUGUACUGUCUGGCUGUGAGUCAGUCAGGAGAAAUCACCAGUAUGUUUAUUUAGCAGACGGGUAGAUAGAGUUUGAAUGAGUCACACAGUGUCUGCAUGUUAACCGAGAGAGCGCAAACCUCACAGCGUUUCAUCUCCCGCCACUUUGAGGUCGUGGCCACAGCAUUUUCCGCCACACUAGAAAGACUUGUUUUAUCUCGACACUCCCGGUGUGGUGAGCUCAUUUACAGCUCCUCUCAGAUGGUUUCUAAGUAUGUCUGUAAUAAUAAAGUUGUAUGUUUUUGUGAAAAGGUUGUACUCGGGGGGGCUUUGAUGCUGGUAUGUGCUGUGGUCUGGUAAGCGGUGACAGUAUCCUUUUUUUUUUUUGUCCCUACACUUUUUCCACAUGUUCCACAUUUCACUGUCUCUCUCAUAAACUUUAUAGCUUUCUCAAGAGCUGGAUUACAGAGACAAUUUUAUAUGUCUCACUGAGGCCAUGUGCCCCAAGCCGUUUCUGUUUUAUUUUAGAUUUCACUAAAACUCCUUAAAGUUGAGCUGGCUAUGGCAUCACGUGUGAACUGGCCUCAGGCAUGCUGCUGUUACUGCCUCCGCUGACUUGCAGGACAUAUUGUGAGAUGGAUUUUUUAGGGCUUUAAUAGAGUUUUUAAGUGCAUCUAUUUCUACCGGGACAUUAUUUUUUAGCACUAUCUUUUUUGUCACUGCCCUUUAUGUUUUCUUGAUAAUGUCCCUAAGACAGGGUACGUUCUUUUCUUCCUUUUUUUUUCAUUUUAAAUCACGUCAUGUGAAUAUUAUAUUUUAGGAUCUGAUCUUACAAAUAGAAUCAAAGAUAUUCUUAGUGGGUCCAGAGGCGGGUCUCUCUGGAAUCUAGUUGGGUUUGGCCUCUCCUUGUAUCUCCGAGUGGCUGUUUUCUUGCCCAGCCCAACACUGCUCAUAGGGUCAGGCUUCAGGAGCUGCAGAAAUGCACAACUGGUAGACAUGGAGUCUCAGAUGAGGGAGGUGCGUCACUUCAGCUGUUGUGGGACAGCUGGCUCUCUGGAGGUGUCUGACAGGAACAUGGGGUCUUCAAACCUUGUGUCAAAUCCCAAAAGGUCUUUUUAUGGAUUUGUUUGAUGUUUUUCAUGACUGAUUGUUCAAAUGUGAGACAGAAAUUAACAUCUGUGUGGAAAAACAUAUCAUAUUGUCCACUUGGAUUCAACAUUGUCCUCAGCGAAUCUUCUUUGUCUCUUAAGCUUCCUUCCUCCACACGGAUUGCAGUCAUCUGAUUGGUUUGUUCUCUGAGGUGUUUGCUUUGCAGAAGCCUGGCCUGUGCGACCUCAUUUCCUCUUCCUGUCCAGCCAAUGUUAAUAAUAACUCCUGUUUUUCAGACCCCACUACUCCCGGGGGGUAUAUUUAAGAACUUCCAAAUCCAUAUCCCUAUCCGCCAAAGUGACUCAGCUGAUGACUUUUCCAACAACGGUUAUUCCAGGCAGGAAAGAAAGGGGAGACAGAACAUCUGCUGACAGCAGAGACCCCUUCUUAUAUUUAGCUGGGUUUGGAGAUGACCGGCCACAGCAAGAUCUAUGCUUGACUGUGCUCAUGGGUGUGAGACACAAGAGCUGCUGAGACUAAUUGAAAUUUGCUGACCUUUAAGUUGAUUUGAAGCCCUACAGGCCAAUCCGAUUAUCCUGUUGGCUUCCUAAAGGGGCCUCUAACCUCAUUUUUUUUCUUACAUUUCUCUGUCAAAGUAAAGGUCUCUCAUGCUAGCCCCUGGCUCUGAAUUAAAGGGUUUUAAAACUGCCUACGUGGCUGUAGCCGAGGUAUGUCUGUCAGGGUCUCAUCGUGUGUGUUUGACAUACAAUUAAGUGAGCUUAUGUAUUUGGAAACUUGCUGAAAAAGAAGUUAAAGUUUGAGAUAAUUACUCUGGUUCUUUUAAACAUUGAUAAAUAGCUGUGCAUUAUCCAAACUCUCAGCUCCCAUUCAACAAACACCUGACAGGCAGGCUACUAGUACACAACACACCCUUUCCAAACAACCUUCAAAGUUGUUAAAUAAAGUCCAGUCGAGUUGAGUGUUAUGUAAGAGCGUGUCAGCUUCCCCUGACUGUCUCUAGAGGUGGAAGACAGCUCAUUCAGGUUUGGCCUCCUCCCUAUCGUCUUUCUCUCCCCCCUCCUUCCCCCUCUAUCAGCGUUGUUUAGAAAGGCGUCUCCGUGACGAUGGCACAGCCAUGCAUUGUGGGAGGCUCCACACACUGCCACAGAGGCCCCUGAAUGAGCCCUGAGGAAUGCCAUCCUUCCCGCUCAUUCCCUUGCUGCACUCUCCCACGACUAAUCCCCACCCCUUCUCAUUUACACACACUCACACCCUCCUCUCUUGUCUCCUUGGCCCUGCUCCUCUUCACCCCCUGCCUCUCCCACCACCAAAUCCUCUCCCUAUUCCAGCCCUGUUUUUUAUUUUCUCACCAUUGUACCGAAUUUGUCCCUCUUAUGGCCCAUGGUUUGUAAUCAUACUUUGUUUGCUUGACCCGGGGUUAACUGAUAUGCGAGUGUUGUUCUAGCUGUGUAACGGGAUUAGAGGCUUUGGAUACAGAUCGAAGACACUGCAGAGCCUUAUUGUUGGAGUUGGCUACCAGCCCGCAUGUGACCAUGGCGAUCAUCACACCAAACUCCCCGCUGGCUUCCAGCAUGAUGUGCCAGAGUUGGAAGGGAUGAACAUGCUAGACCUUUGCAAAGCCAGGCAAGAACAAUGGAAGGCAGACAACAGAGACAAAACCUGACGAAAUCCCUCUGUACCAACACCGUGAGCUGGACUAAGCAGGAUGCCGUACACAGGCCAGGGAUUUUGUUCAGCCCCUGAAAAAUAGUCUGGAUGAUCAUCCUCAGAGAAGACGGGGUUUUAUUUUGCCACAGAGAUAAAGAUAAAGUCUGUUUUGGGAGUGUAAAUGCACUAAAUCUGUGUAUAAGCUCCCUAUAAUCGAGAAUUAGCUCAAACUUCCGCCCUGGCCGCAGUGUGUGAACAUUACAUUAGGUAUUUCCUGUUUGUGCUGCAUGCAGGGAAGUCCUCCCUCAAACCUUCCAGAGGACCUCCACAGACAGGAAGUAAUGGUCACUACUAUCUCAGGGUCACUGCCAUAAAGUACGUCAUCAACCCUCUGAGAGCCUAGAGGACAGAUUCAUGGUUUCUACUGUCGGCCAUCACAUGAACCCUCAGAGAUUGUUUAAUAUGUGUGUGUGUGUGUGAUUUGUUUGUGGAUAAUGGAAGGGGAAUUUGAUUAUUGUGGUUUCAUGUGUGAGGUCUGCUGUGCUCUGAAGCUGUCUCAUUACAGGAAAGAGCCUUGAUGUUUCACGUGUGCGCGUUCCCUGCCGUAGCGAACUGGUGCUAAGCUAUCAGCUGCUGAGGUGGGAAUGACUUUGUAUCACUUGUAUCACCACCUCCUGCUUGACAAGACUCAAAGUGAGAAAACGAACACGGUUUCAAAGAGUGCAAACAGUGGCUUCUCAUGUUUACAGCUGUCACCUACCAGCUCCACUCUGUAUAACCACGCACACUCACACUUGCUUGUAACAACUAAACAGUACUGGUUUGGGGUGAGUCCCAUCCAUCAGAGGUUCUUGUCUUCACACGUGCUCGUCUGUGUGUGUGUGUGUGUUAUUUAGGUCGUAAACGGUCCUGAUUGGUCUCAGUCAGGUGGGAGCCUUGGAGCAUUCCCAGCAACAGAGGUUGUGGCAGCCUGGUGCUCUGCCAAGUGGCUGCAAUCCAGCUGUUUACAGGCCCUGCCUGAGUGGCGAAUCUGUAAGACCGUUUGAAGAUGAGAGCCUGUUUACAUUCAAACUGCUGAGGUGGUGUGACUCACUUUAUAGACGUGGGUGGGGGGGGGUGAAGGCACCGGGUCCUCAAAAGAGAGAGAGAGAAGGCUGAGCUGCAGCUAGAAGGACUAGAGGAAGUUUGCCGUUGGCCUGCGACCUCAGGGGAAUUGUUUCAGCAUUGUUCCAGAGAGAUGUGGGGUGGAAGGGGGGGGUCACUCCGCCUCCUUCCCUCCUCCCUCUGCGUCCUCUCUGUUGCAGCCCAAGUCUCUCAACUGAGAGCUCUACGGAAAGAGAAGCCCUUAAAGACUUGCUCAAACUCUGCAGUGAUCUGAUUGUAUGUUUGGAUUAACGAGGACAGGAGGUGAUCAGCUUUGAUCUGAUUAAUGAACCCGCUGAAUGUUAGGUAGAGGUUGGAGUAAGGGAAGGUAAGUGGCCUUUGCCUGCUGUCCAAGUUAUUUACCUGUCUGACCCUAAUCUAGAGAAGUUGUCUACAGAGCUUGUAUAUUCGGGACUGCGUCACAUGUCGCUUUGUCCAUGGAUGUGCCAUAAUUCCUGCUUUAGACACACAAACAUCGAUUUAAGAGGGCAAGGUUUUGAUCAGUUAAGAAAGGAAAAGUCCUGAUUGCUGGGGAAGAUUAUGAGGCGACUGCCGCCGAGUCAAGGGCAGUAGACCAGAGCAGCGUGACCAGAUUGAUGGCAGAUUGUUCAAGUUUACUGGGAUUAGAAGUGGGCCAUCGGGUUUGAAGUUAACCCAGCUGCUCAACCAAAAGGAGGAGAAUUAACCUUUGGACCCGAGUGAAGAUCUACUUGCCCGUGAACUACUUGCCAGUUCUUCCAUCCCUCAGAUCAGCCUCUUUAUCUCAGUGCUGUUGGUUUGCUAUCCAAGUGUUCAUUAGGUGUUUCAGAGGCCACCUUUGUAUGAAUGACACCUAAGGUAGCGACUAAAAAGCACUUCAAACACCAACAUUUAUUCUGUGCGCCAAAACUUAACAUGAACCGGCUGUCCAGGCCUCUGAGUUCAACAUUUACACAGUUACUGUGAAUGGAUUGAUGUGAAAUGUGCUGUAUUCAGUCACCUCUUGCUUUAAGGAGCUCAGUUGUGUUACACACACUGGAGUUAUUGUCUCACGGCUUUAAAGGAGGCUAUUAUGACUGCCAGUCUAAAAAUGGAGUUUUUGGAGGUCAGCAAAAUGUUUAGAAGAAUUUGUGGAUUGCCGAUGAUUUUCCCAGGCUGUCCUCUGUGGCAUUUUUAAAGUAGAUGAAUACAGGGAAUGACUUCAGGUCUCUGUAUUGUAUUUGAUGAUGCUUUUAUUGUACUGUCUGUCGAUUUUUAGGCAGUUAAAUAGACUGAAAAAUGUGUUUAGUUAUCUUGCACAAAGUGAACUCUCCUUCUUCUUGUGUUUCCUCUGUCAGGGAUGCUCCACAUAGAUGGCAGCCUGUGCCUGGAUCCAAGGCUGCCAUGUUGGUGAAGGUGAACAGCAUGAGCCGUAACCAGCCUGGCCCAGCCUUGCAGCAGCAGCAGCAGCAGCAGAACAUCCAACACAGUGCACAAAACAAAGCAAACACAUUCACACUGCACCCCUCUGGUAGCAAGGCCCAAGGAGGACACAUUAGCUCUACUCAGGGAUAUAAAACCGCCCCCUCUGGCAGAAUGGCAGCUGACCCACGUCAGGCCCAUCACCUGAGAAAGGCCAGCAACGGCAGCUUCUGUCUGGUGACAUCAGACGGUAGCCAUCCCAGUCCACUGCUUCAAAGGUCUCAGACCAGCACACCUCGCCCUCUCUCUCCCCAGUAUGGUUGCACUGCCCCAAUCUAUGACGAGCCAGUUUCUGAGUGUCCCAUAUAUGAUGAACCCCCGAUAGACAUGGAGGUAGAGGGAGCGCACCUGUACAACGGACAGCCUCUGUCUCGCCUCACGCCUACUCAUAGCCUACAAAAGCCUAGACACCUCCAGCAUCCUGGUCCUGCCCAUCCAGGAUCCAGACACAGGAGAAGCCCUUCGGCCUCUGACUACAGUCCAGCUGGUCUGGAGUGCAUUAAGCACAUGGUCAAUGUGGACCCCAAACAAGGGCUCCCAUCAGGAUCUCCUUUGCCCACACGGGCCCCUUCCCCUACCUCUAGGCAGGAUGCCAUCUUGACCCAGCCUCAACCGCAUCCACAGACCCAGGCCCACUCUUUGCCCCAAAUUCGAAGUCAGAUUAGGGACAGAGAGGCUGGGCCCCCUGGACCAAGCACACUGGACAAGAAGCAAAGCUGGCGUGUUCUGGAGGCCACUGUCCAGCGGGCCAUGGAAGCCCGGCACAGCAGGCAGAGCAGCCAGGCCUCCCAGGACUUCCCCUCCUCAACCCCCCAGGCUACCGCAAACUACCAAGACUCUGGUUACUCCACCGGCCCCUCCCCAAGCCUGAGGAGGAAGAGCAGGAGAAGGGUGGGAGCCGGUGGGGGUACAGGAGGCAGACCAGGGUCAGUGGGCAGCAGCGGGGAGCUGUGCGCCCUAAAUGAGAGACUGAUGGCUGAGAUGAGAGAGGUGGUGAGUCGCUCGAACACUAUGAGGGAGGUGAGAGCAGGGCUGGACCCAGAGAUGGGGGAGAGGGUUGCCAUACCCCGGACACGCUCCCCUGUGGACUCACUUAGGUGGUACGGAGGGGGAGGAGGAGGGUCAGCAGGCAGGUGUGCGUCAGGAGAGGACAUCAGUGGUGCACCUCGAUCACUGAGUAGGGCAGGUACCCACGGCAACCCAGCGCUGACCCCUUUGGAGUUACCAGGCAGACAGAAAAGGACCUAUGAAAAAGUGGACACUUUGGAAAUGAGUGUGACUAGCCAGGCCAGCCUGUCUUCCCCAGAGACCCCAGGACCGCCCUCACAGGUAACACUCUCCUGAUUUUGUUUGUGUCUGUGAUGCACACACACUCAAAAGGUGUUGAUGCUUAUUGAUAAGAAGAUAAACACUGAUUCAGACUCAGGUUAUCCGAUGUUAUGAUACUCUCCAGUCUGAUGAAGAGCUCAAGUGAGACUUGGAGUUAGUUUACCCCAGCAGGUUUGCCUGGAUUCAGUUUUGUUUGGUCUGGACAUGACCUAGUGUCUCCCCCAGAUCUCUAUCAGAUUAAAGAUAAAUGCAGUCUCACCGUGUCAAAUGAGGCCAGCGCACGUCUUAAUGAAACAUCUGCGCGUUACGGCAUCUUUUCGUUUGUGUUUUGCUGUGAUUUAUUUUGUCUUCUCUUGCGAGCAGAACCAGAGAUGGAUGGAUGUUUCACUUGAAAUAUUCCUUUUUUUCUAUCACUUUAAAAGGCCAAAUCUUAGACCCUGUAGAGCAUAAAAACUUCAUUUCCUAUUAUCUUAACUUUGCAGAGCACUAAAACACAACAUACAUCAGGGAGCUAUAGUUAUGUAUGUAUCUUGACGUCAGAGGUCCUGUAAAAGGCGCACAUGAUCCAGUAUGAAAGAGCUUCUUGACAUCAGAAAACAGUUAUAUAAGAAACAGCAUGUGGAGCCUGUUUGAAGACAUAAUCUUAAUCUCCAAAUCCCCUCUCGUAACAGAAGCACUGCCUGUACCUCCAUAUAUUAAAGCACUGUUUUCAGAAUCAGCCACAACAUCGCUCUGAUAAUAAUGAAUGGUUGAUUCAACAGAGAGCUCUGGAGAGAAAACAGAAAGGCCGAUAUAUCUCUUUGAAAAGAAAACCAAACCUUUUGGGAGUAAUGCCUCUCAGUCUGAACUUUACAUUUUGAGGGUCCAAAUGUCUCCAAGACAUUAGGCAGUGGGCAGGCUGGUCUCUGCUGACUGUUAUGGCUUUCGUCCCAGCAUUACCUGUCAUCUUCUAAUUCCCAUCCAUCUGCCAGGCACUGCAGGUACUGUAUAUGCUCAUGCCAGCUCUGUGUUUGAGCAUCUGGGGCCCAUGCCAGGCAAGAGAGAUUCAGGACAUGGUUCCCCCUGGUCAGGAAGGAAGACCACUGCGGGCCAUAUGGUCUUUGGCAGAGAGAGAGAGAGGAGGGGGGGAAAGAGGGAGGAAGUUGAGGCAAGCUGGUACCAAGGCUUAUCGGUACCACUGUAGCCUUAGCAUGUUUGACAACAGCCAAGAAGCACUGAGCGGGCCCCCUAAGUCUGUCCUGGAAUGUUUUUCAGGCCCGCUGUUAUAUCACCCACACAAACACACACACACACACACACACACACAGAUUAUGGUUUGCUUUGAGCAGGUCUACUCUUACAUAUUUGAGUUUUUUGUUUUGCUUAAAAACUUUUAAACUUAUUCAAGGGAUUCACUGAAACUCUGAGCUCUUCUUUAAACUAAAUAUAGAUAUAUUUUCUAAGAGAUGUACGCGUCUCAAUGUUUUACUGUUGUGUUUAAAUCCACAGUAUGACUACAUUACCCAUCUGUACAGUGGUGUUAUAAACUUAAAGCAUGAUUUAUACAGCGUACGUCUCAAUAGAUCAACAUAAAACUGAACCUAAGAACUAAAUCAUUUGACCGAGAAACCAAAAUCUAAAAGCUGGCCUUCAUCGCCUCCAUAUAACAUCAGGGUGUCAUUAGAAAGACAUGUCAUUGAGUUUUAUGUUCCACUUGUAAAUUUGAGUUCAGAUUCAGGCUGGAGCUUCAUGUUGUCUCUGGAUCUUCUCAGUAUUUAUCUGGGUUUCUGGUUUUCUCUGUUAAGGGAGGUCAGAUGCUCAUUGCAAUCAUAAACUCCACCUCAGGGAUCAGUGGGUGGGUGGGGGCGUGGGUCUUGUGAAGAACAUUGGUCUAGUCUUGCAGGAAAGGGUAGUCUGGUUUAAUAAGAGGCAUGCAUAUCUGGUAACCUGCUCUUGAGGUCAGGAUUUAUGGGGGUUCAGGGACAUUUCUUCCCUGGUACUGGAUCUUUUUCUUGUAUUAAGACUGCAAGAAUCUCCCUCGAGCACAAGCACUGCAGAGCACAGUAGGUGGAGGCCAGCUGCUAGUGUGACACAGUGAGGACUCUGCACCUGUACACACACACUUUGUACCUCUUGCCCCCCACACACACACCUCCUCUUCUGUAUUACUUGUUUUCACCGUCUAAUGUCUGUCUCUUGUCCCCUUGCAGACCAGCACCCUUGAGCUGCAAGCUCAGCUGGAGAGCAGAAAGAAAGACAUGGUGGACGGGCGAACAGCGUCCCUGGGCCCCCACCGGUCUGCCAGCCAUGACAACAGAGAGAGUGGCGACGGGGCAGGAGAGAGAGCGCGAGGAUCCUCCUACCAGCUCUCUUACGCCACUCUGCGGCAGCCCCCGCCUCCUGCAAUGGGCAUGGAGGACUGGGCCAGCAAACACCUCAACAUGCACACUCAAGGCCUGUUCCGUCGACGUGUCUCCAUCGCCAACAUGCUGUCGUGGAACCGCGGAUCCAUCAAAAAACCAAUGCUGGUAACCAGCAACCGUGCCGUGAGGAAAGAGGCCUGUGAGAUGUUUAAGCUGGUGCAGGCCUACAUGGGAGACCGGCCCUCACGUCUGGACCGCCGUCACUCCGCUCUGCUCAUCGUCACCAAGUGCUGGGACAUGCCAGGACUACGGGACGAGCUGUACAUACAGCUGGUGAGACAGACCACAGGCAACGCCACCCCCAGGAGCUUGGCGGCAGGUUGGGAGCUGAUGGCUGUCAGCUUGGCCUUCUUCGCACCCUCGCCCAAGUUCCGCUGCUACCUGGAGGGUUACAUCCAGAGACACACAGAGCCAACCAGCGACAAGAAAUGUGAGUUUCAGACUGAGCAACAGGGUGGGUCCCCUUUCAUUCUUCUGCACCUCCUUUUGUUGUGUGUUUGUUGACUAGUUAGAUAUUUAAAAGUGUUUUUGGAUAGAUUCACAUCCUUUGCUUUCCCUCUCCAUUUCCCUGUGGAUUUUUUCUCUCUCAGUUAACCAUGAGAAAAAGUACAAGACAAGUUUUGCAGGCCUUGUGCUUAUCAACUAAACAUCAGAAGUUUGACCUCAACCUUUUUUUUUUAUAGUGACCCAAUUCAUACUGGAACAGCAGGAACUAAAGCUGAAGAAGAAUUCAAAGUCCAGAAAGAAGCGGAAACAAAACACAGACGAGGAAGAAGGUACAUUUCUUGAUCCUUUAUUGCUCAUCAGUCCAAUCUACCGCUCCAAGAACUUGGGUCUGUGUUUCUCAUUGGAAGAGCUAAUCUGUUUGACAGAGCACAGUAGGUCAGGAGGAAGUUCAAAGGAUGUUUUUCUACUCCCGAAUUCAAAGUCUAAAGUUUGCCACCAGUGCACGCCAGUACAAAUUGAACAUACCGCUCUUUGUGGAGUGGCUGUGCUGAGUGGGAUGGAAAAUUCAGAGCUGUGUUUGUCAGAUGAGUUACACGCUGAUGUCCUUCCAGACACAAUGAAUGGGAUUCACAGAAAGCUGAGGAGAAAAAAAACAUGUAGGAUGAGAAAAUGAGAAAUGAGAAUGCUCUGUGUGUUAAUACAAAGGGCCACUCUGUGACUCACACUGGGGGUCUCUCACCAGUAUCGUGUCAGAGAGCCGUUUUAGGGGGACACCUCAUUGGCGCGUGCCCUCAUUAGAGCAGCCCACACUGCCAGCUCUUAUGAUGGUGUUACAGUAAAGUCACCCAAGCAUCUGGCAGCAGACACCACAGCACUGACCUUACUCAUUGUACUCGAGUGAGUCAACCGCGGUGCUUUAUGUUCGUAAAACUCUGACUAAGAGUCGGUGAGGGAGCCUUCCAAACAUUUCUGACUAACUGCAGAGGUCUUUAAAGAGCGGGAUCUUGAUGAAAGCACAGGAGAAGAAGGAGAAAAAAAAGUCCUUCAUGUACAAAAACAGCGUUCAGAGAGCUGCUGUUUGCUUUGAUGGAUAGAGGAACUUGGACAUGUGUGUUUUGUGGGACCGGAGCAAUGAGCAGCUGUGAGUUACAGCAGGAGGAGUCACAUGUGGGAACUGGGGGCCCUCUGGGCUUGGAAAACGACUUCUUUUGGUUUGAGGCCCAGAAUUGUUUGAGCUAGUGCUUGGUUUGUCUCAUAAACAAUAGCAAAGACGGGACUGGAGAUGUCUCCUUAACCUCUUUUAAGGUCUCCCUCGGAGUGUUUUUGAAGUCUAGUUUAGCUUGCGCAGACAGGUGCCACUAUGGUGUCUGUCUGGUACAGUACACUCAAGCUCCUAAUGAGAUCGUAUUUCUCUGGGGCUUUGGUUGCCUGGUUGUUGCUGCUUUCAUGCCAUCCUGCCUGAUGUAAAUAUAGACCACCAGUCGUGUCUCAACCCUCUCUCACAGCAGCACAGGAGCUCUGCACUCUUGAUUUUCUCCGAGUUAGUGCAAAGCCUCCGUGUUGGGAGUCUUGGGAAAAAUAAACUCUCUAUGCUAAGAUCAAGGGCAAAUUAUUGGUAUGAUCUCUCUAAUUAGACAUAAUUAUAGUCAGACUUGGUCAGCAGUUGUGAGCAUCUAUGGGAGUCACCUGUUUGCCAUAAAUCUGGGGGCUUUGGUUGGAGGAAAGCCGAAGCAAAGUGUUUGUUGCUUUUUGAAAUCCCAUCUUUUGGUUUUUCCAUCUGGCCCUGGUUCGGUUAGCUGAUACAGUAGAGGUUCUGGGAAAGAGGAACAGACCCCAUGAGAUUCCAGUGUUUGGUGUAAACCAAAGUUACCACAGCAAUGACAGAAGGGGAUGAUGUCUUUUCAUGUCUGAGCAUGAAGACCCAACACUUGAGUUUUUUGUUGGCUGUUUAUCUUUUUGUGUUGUGUGUAUAUUUUUACGCCAUCCCAUCCAUCAGCCCCCUGAUGCAGUUCACUUGUGAAAGAUCUCUGAGCUCUACAGUAGCAGGUAGUCGACAGGGAGCCUCUGUGUUUCUCAUUCUUGCCUUUCAUGUCUGAGUACGCUGAUGAAUCACCUGAACAUUAGAUGUGUGGGCUGUAUCCUGUCUCUUAAGCUUUUGUUCAACAGCAGUAAAUCUUCCCUCAGCUUGACAGUUUAGCUGGGCCUGCACUAAUCCCCAUAUGCCAGAUUCACACUGUCAACAUGUCUCUCCAAUUACCACAGCCUGCUUCUCUUUACACUAUUUGACAUCUGUGGGAAAAAAACAGGUCUUUUUUUUCUUGUUUGUGGGAAAGAAUUUAAAUAAUUUAUUGUUUUGAGUGUUCACUGAUGGCUGAUCCCUGAGGGUUUUGACUUGAGUUGAUAAAAAAGGAUGUUCUUUGUGUCUCUUGUGGAGUUUGGUUUCUUCAUUGUUUAAUGCUUAAUUUCUUUUCACCUUCAGGUCUGCCUAUUAGCACAUAUGCGAAAUUCUGCCAUCGGAAACUGCAGAAGGUGGCGAUCACCGGAGGUAAAAAGGUAAAAAAAAAAAAUCUCAUUCUUCCGAGAUAAAAAUAGGAUCAGUUUGAAAGUCAUGACUCACAUCUGAGUCAUCUAAGAUACUGUCACAGAGAGACAUAAUUACAGACGUGGUGAACACAGUUGCAGCAGGUAGAGACAUAAACACAGACAUAGUCAUGGUAUCGCAGCUGCAGACACAACCAUGAUUAGUAUCACAGUCCCUGACGUACCGAGGUAGUAAAUCACUCUGCUUUCCUCGCCUCUCACCCCUCCAGGGUCUUCGUAAGCCCACCUUAGAGGAGAUCGACCACAGUAGACGGGCCAUCGUCACUCCCUCCUUGUUUGGCAGCUCAUUGGAGGAGGUGAUGGAGAGGCAGAGCGAGCUCUUCCCAGACAGGAAACUGCCCUGGGUGCAAGUUCAGCUUUCCCAGUAUGUUCUUGCUCUGGGCGGGGCUCAGACAGAGGGCAUCUUCAGGUAAAAUACUCACCAGAGAAUUCAUGUUACGACUUGAGCAGUGUGAGAAAGGUGGAGUGUUGAAAAUAUAAGCGGAUCUCUUGUACUGUACGCUGUGUAUACUUUAUUGUAUGAAGAGUUAGUGUAAACAUAUGUGUGUGGUCCUUUCUGGAUCCCUGCGUUCCAAAGUAGACUGUCUUCAGUACACACAACAGACAGCAGGACAAACACAACCUUGCUUUCCUCCUGAGAUCAGCACUGUUCAAUUUGGUGCUUUAUAAUUUGUGUUUACAUUACUGCUUAAGCUCAUGAGCACGUGGGAGCUCCACAGACGUGUGUUUGUGUAGGGUUUUUCCUGCAAAUUUAGUCCUGUAGCAUCAUAGUUUGUUUAGAGAAGUGUUCCCUUUGGUUGGGCAAACUUUCUGUGAGUCUUCCUGUGAAACUUCAGCUCAGGGACUUUCCUGAGGACAUCUUUAUAGUGAUCAGUUUUUGUUUUUGUUAUUAGGAAGUACAGCAAACAAAGAUUUUAAACCGUAAGACCAUAUUAGAAGUCAAAUGGGUGUGCAUGAGUGAGAUAUACACCACAGGGCAUGUAAAAUCUGUAGUGAUGGAGUUAGGGGUCCCUCUUGUGGCAACAGAGUGUAACUGAUGUGUUGUGUUUUAUCUUAUAGAGUGCCUGGUGACAUUGAUGAAGUAAAUGCAUUGAAGCUCCAAGUGGACCAGUGGAGGAUCCCCGAGAAUCUCUCAGACCCCAAUGUUCCCGGUAAGGAAACAUAUAUUUUAGUUCAAGUGUGUGAGUCCUGAUUAUUGUUUUUCUUCAUGCAUGUGUGAAGUGGGAAUAUUUACUCUUAUUCUGUGUUUUGCUCGUUCAGCCUCUCUGAUGAAGCUGUGGUAUCGGGAGCUGGAGGAACCUCUCAUCCCGAUGAACUUCUACAGGCAGUGCGUCAAUAACUGUGACGACCCAGUUGCUGCCAUUGCGGUGGUUCAGUCUCUGCCUGAACUCAACAGGCUGGUGCUCUGCUAUUUUAUCCACUUUCUGCAGGUAACCGACUUGUUGAGACACACUCAUAAUCCCCUCAUAUGCAAUGUUUACUACUUUACCCUGACCAGGGUCCACCUUUCAACACCAUUAUGACCAUGUCUUUAAAAAUGUGUUACUCUGUCCUGGUCUUGUGUUUCCAUCUGACCUUUAAAGUCCUGAAAAAUAUUCAUGCAUUUUUAAGAAUAUAUGUCAAUGUCAAUGUCAGCUUUAUUUUUAUAGCACAUUUAAAAACAGCCAGUGGCCUGCCAAAGUGCUUUACAGUAAAAUAGCCAGAAAAAAACUAAAAAAAAAAAAACUAUAAAAACAAUAAAGGAUAAAAUAUAUAAAAACACAAAACAGCAAUAAAGAUAAACAUAGCAAAUAAAUAAAAUACCCAGUAAACGUAGCUAUACUUGAGCUGAGGUUACAUACCUAAUCCAAAAUGGUCAUUAAAAUAUCAAUGUAUUAACCUCUUGGAUAAUAAAAUAUGAUGAAAGUGUUACUCACUGCAGGUAAAAGGUCAGUCUGCACAAUAAACCUGACUCAUUACGUUCUGUCCUGAUUGUCUUUAGGUAUUUGCUCAACCAUCCAAUGUGGCAAUAACUAAGAUGGAUGUGAACAACCUGGCCAUGGUGAUGGCCCCCAACUGCCUUCGAUGCCAAUCUGACGACCCACGCAUCAUCUUCGAGAAUACACGCAAAGAGAUGUCCUUCCUGAGAAUGCUCAUCGUUCACUUGGACACCAGUUUCAUCGAAGGGGUUGUGUAGUCACUGUGCGCUGAAUCAGCCAUCCAGCCUCUCAGUUACAUAUUUACUACCAGGCAUAAACACUGUUUCUGUUCAGACUACACUGGAAACCCCUGGGGUGAUAAAUUACACCUCUUACAACACAAGGGGUGUGAACACACCUUGGACUUUGGCCCCUUGUUCUCACUCGCUCUCAUACUGAAAGACAAUACACAACACAUUAAGCCCCACUGUGUUUUUUUGAUACUAAAAUUCAGUGGCUAAAGUUAUGACUGUAUUUUCUAACUGCUGCAUGUGGAAAGAGAGUUACAGAGUAGUAUUAUAGAUGACAGGGAUAACAGUGUAAAUCAAAAGUCUCACAAUAUUUACUUACUAAGUUCUCACUUGCACAACUGAAGUUAAACAGUCGUGUUUAAAGCUUUGCUUUUUUAAAAUCUUAAGUUUUACUCAAGCGUGAGUGUGUGUUGUGUGGGUGCCUGCUUGUGGUGUGGAUGUAAAUCACAGCCUAUUGUCUAUCAUGUACAGAAAAGUUAAAAAUAUGAAAAGAACUUUUGUUUUAUGUCUGAUUGAUAAGCUUGCCUGUGCUGUUUGAGCUGUUGUACUAAUAGAUGGUUUCACCUAUUUCAUUUUUGACACAGAGCCAUCAAUCUUAAGCACAAGCUGGUGUUCAGAAAAACCUUUUGCAGCAGAUGGAGUGAUUUUCUAAGACUGUAAACUUGGAGGUGCUUUGAUUUUACAACUCCAAAAACAAGAGCCAGACAAGAGUCUUGGUAUUUCAGUUUAACAUGUUGAUGUGUGAAGUCAGUUAUUUAUCUGAUAAGUCCGUCUCUCUAUUAUCAAGUCUUUGUGUUCUCUUCUGUUUGUGGUCUGUAUAUUUUCUGGCUCAGGACUAACAAAAAAAAGAAAAGGGUGUUGGAGGUGCUAGCUAUACACGGCCUCCCUCAAAGACAAUGUUAUAAAUCUACCACAAACCCCUGGUGUUGAAAUGUAGAGCACUAUGAGAAUGUUGAUGAAUCAAUCUCGUCUCGUCUCAGGCUUUGCCCAUGUAAAUAGAUUCUACAUGUACAUAGUUUUAACUAUCCUAAAAUAUAUUCUAAUGAUUCAUGUCAAGGGUGGUUUAAAUGUUGUAAAUUGCAAUAAAAAGGUGUUUUUGUAAGUAAAUGUUAUUUCUCUGCUGUAACCGCCUGCCUUUUGAACAUAGAACUGAUUCAAACCACUUCCUGUGUGUGAACAUGUGUGUCUGCAUACCUUCUUGUUAUAAUAUGGAAUGGCUGUCCAUAAAUAAAGGUUUGUUUAAUUGUAAUCUAUACAUGUCAUGUUUGGG